AUGGCCAGGGUCUACGGAACGGCAGAGAGUUUUAAGGUGCGCCGUACUGUUAUAGAGAUGCUCAUAGAUCGGGGCUACAUGGUGCAGUCGGACGAUAUGUCCCCGUGGUCUGCCGAGAUGCUCCUCAAUCAGACGUUUCAGGAUUUUGACGGGGAGUUCCACACGGCCCCCUUUUCUUGGAAGAUCCUGGGAACCCAUAAGUUGCGGAAGAGCAGCGCAAACAGCCUAAAUCAGGAAACAAUCAAGGUUCGCCCCGUGCCUGUUAUCGAUAAAGAUCUCAUUGAUAAAUUGAAGGUUGAAACGCAGAACAGGGAGACACGACCAUUGGACCGUGUAAUAUAUGUUAUCUAUGGGAGAGAAGGUAAGAAGCUUGACUCACCGAAUAAGACAAUUCAAGCAAGAAUCGACGAAGCACAACGCGCUAACGGCAUCGUAAUAGAGCACUUUCUCGUCACACGCCUCCUGAUCAAUAUCACAAAGCACGUGCUUGUCCCCAAGCAUGUUCUUUUGUCGGAAAUGGAGAAGAGCGUUGUCCUCAAAGAGUAUCGAUGCACAGAAGGACAGAUUCCCAUCAUAGAAUCGUCCGACCCGAUGGCCCGCUACCUCGGUUUGCUACCCAAUGAUGUUGUGCGCAUCUCUAGGCCGUCGGAGACUGUUGGUAUUUACACUACAUUUCGUAUAUGUCACUAA